CGAGAAUUGGAUCGACGUGCGAUCGAUGAUCGUUGUGCAACUGUGGCACGAAGUCAGCUACGACAGACAACACACAGUUAUGCCAUUGUCUGGCCGCGAAUAAUUAUCACGGAGCUUGUAAGCGCGGCUAUCCGCAAAGGAACCUUUACACGCUCCUUUGGGAGAAGAGACCUCCUGCGCGCUACUGUUCCUAUAGUAACUCGGUAGAUCGGGCCAAAAUUGGUACGUCAGUGAUUCUCAUCCAUGACAAAUAUACUUGAAAAGAUUCAAGAUUAACCAUAAUUUUCUACAGUUUUUAUAAAGAAUUGUUUAACAAAUUAUGCAUAAAAUGGACCAGAAAAUGCUUCCCAUAUUGUUAUUUUAUAAAAAUACCAUAAGAGGAAUAACAAGUACUUUACUAUGGAAACAUCCACAUUAUUUACUGAGCUAUAUUUUUCUGGAAUUUUUAUAUCUUAGAUUACAAAGAUUAUUUAAACAAAAUAUUUGCUGGAUCAUAUUACCAGAUACCACCAUAAGGCACAUGUUAAACAAUUUGGAAGAUACAAAAGAUGAAUACAUCGAUUAUGAAUGUUAUGCAUUAGCAAACAUACAAUCCUUAAAGAAAUCACAAAGUUUUUGGUUUUUGAUAUGUUCAAUGAUUUCGAUGAAAAAAUAUAAAUGUGCAAUUAUACAUGUAGACCAUGUUAAUGAGAAUACUAUUCUAAUAUCUGAAACAAUGCAGCACAACUUACAAAAUGCCCUGUGCUGUGAAGAGUUAGAUGAUUCAUGUUUUAUACUACCAUCGAAAGAUGAUGUGAUUCAGUUUGCGACUGAGGUUAAAAUAUCCUUAAUCACCACGUCAUACGGUUGCGCAAACGAGAUAAUGGAUACCAUGUUAGAGAACUAUUUCUUACAUCCUCAUUAUUUACAUGUAAAUGACGUGAUUAGGAUCGACGCGCAGGAAUACGCUCAAGAUCGAUUUUACACGUCUGGUACUCCGACAAAUCCUGUGAUAUACUUUAUAGUUAAUUCUUUAAAAUUGAGUCACAAUAGACAUUGCUAUAACGUCAAUAGUUGUUACGUCGUACGUGGAAUAUCGACACUUAUUCAGGAGACAGAAGUUCACAGUUACAUUCCUCGAAAACACAUUCAUCUGUUCUCCAAUAAAGCUUUUUUGCCAGAAAACGAAAAGACAGAGAAGUUACUGAAUACCAAAUAUCCAUCAGUCUUAUUGGAAACCAUGGAGUGUUUAGAUUCGUGUAUUACACCAUUCUUAAGAAAAGGCAAUCAAUUACACGUGAAACCGAUAUUCCUCCUGAAAGGACCACGAGGUUGCGGCAAACACGAACUAGUUGAAAUCACGUCGGAAAGACUAGGACUGAACUUCCUCGACAUUGACUUCGCAGAGGUACAGGCUUUGACAACCGCACCGAGCGAGGCUAAACUACGCAUAGUGCUGCAAACAGCGCAGCGACGCGUGCCGUGUAUGCUAUAUUUAAACAAUAUCCAAGUGUUCGGUAAAACUGCCGAAGGACAGAAAGAUGAGAGAAUCAUAUCCACUUUCUCGAAAGAGAUCACCGCAUUGUAUGACACGCAACGAAAAUUCCCCCUGAUCAUUGUAGCCGCGUCAGAUGAGACCGACAUAUCCGCGGAAUUGCAACGAUUGUUCAUCGAGACGAUUCACAUGAAGCAUACAAAUCAGAGCGAACGGGUGGAAUUGAUGUCGUGGUUUUUGUCCACGAGGAAUCUGACGACCGUCGCGGAUCUCUCGAAAGUAGCCGGCGCUUGCUCAGAUUUCAGGUUUGCCGAUUUGUUGGCGUUGUCACUACACGCGGCUAAGCUUCACUGCGGGUUAACAUCGCCUCUGGCGCAAGAGGACUUCGAGCGAGCUUACGAAUAUAUGCAAUCGGUGUACUCCGACAGUAAAGGCGCGCCACGCGUACCGAAAGUUCACUGGUACGACAUAGGCGGCUUGGCGGAACUGAAACACGAAAUUAUUCGCAGAAUACAACUACCUCUGUUAAACGCUUUUGGAUUCGGGCAGUCCGGGUUACUUUUAUAUGGUCCGCCCGGAACUGGGAAGACUCUCCUCGCUAAGGCAGUGGCGACGGAAUAUCAAAUGCAUUUUUUGUCCGUUAAAGGUCCGGAAGUAUUAAACAUGUACGUCGGCCAGAGCGAGAAAAACGUAAGAGAAAUUUUCGAGCGUGCACGCGCCUCGGCUCCUUGCAUCAUCUUCUUUGACGAGCUGGAUUCAUUGGCACCCAAUCGAGGUAGGAGCGGAGAUAGCGGCGGCGUGAUGGAUCGCGUGGUCUCUCAGUUGCUCGCCGAGAUGGAUGGUCUCGAGGAGUCCAGCAGCAUAUUUAUCAUGGGUGCUACGAACAGACCUGAUCUCAUAGAUCCGGCACUGCUUCGACCUGGAAGAUUCGACAAAAUGCUGUACGUUGGUAUUCACUCCGAUCGCGAGUCCAAGCUCAGCGUUUUGCGUGCGCAGACACGUAAAUUCAAAAUGCGAAAGCACGGGCAAGAGUUGGAGUUGGUCGUCGAUCAAUUACCCGACAACGUUACGGGCGCGGAUUUAUACUCGGUCUCUUCCAACGCAUGGCUUAAUGCUGUGCGCGAGGUUCUCACAGAACACGAGAAAACCAAUCAACACGAAAACAGUAAGCUCGAGGAUAAUAACAUUGUUGUGGAGUCGCAUCACUUCCUGAACGCCAUCCACAAUUUAGUACCUUCCGUCAGUGACGCAGAGAUACAAAGAUACAAGAAGAUGCAAGAAGAGUUAUCGUCAUCAUAAUAUAUCGUGUCAAGAAACCGAACCAAAAACUUCUUGACUGAUUAAAUACUCGGUGAUAUACAUAUGUAUAUCUUUAACACAGAAUUGAUAAAUUUGCAGACAAAGAAAUGCGAUCUCGUAGGAAAAAUUGUGAAUGUAUUCACAAGAGCGGCUUGUACGUAAAUACGUAAGUAUAAUUUUGCAAUGAAUACAACACGCGAUAUUAUAAACGACAUGUUAUUUUUAUUUUGAGAAGUAUGUAAAACAAUUUGUACAGCGAAUAAUUAAAAUGAGGGAAGGAGUCGAACUACAAA